AUGUUUAAGUGUAGUGUUUGUGAAAAAGUCUUCACUGUGAAGUCUAAUAUGUUGAGACAUGAAAAAUCUCACAAACAAAUUAAAUUUUCAUGUGGUGAUUGCAGUCAAUUUUUUAUUCGUCGGGAUCAUCUUGUGAAUCACGUACUGAAAAAACAUGGUUUUGUUAAGUAUGGUUCUGAAUAUAAUUUGGCUAUGGGUAUCGCAGUCGGACAGCAGCAGCAGCAUCAGCAGUCAUUAAGUUCGGUGGGUAUCGUAGAUAGUGUUGCAUCCACGUCAAAUGUGAAUGAUUCCAUUCCACAGCAAGCCCCCACUCCUCCCGCCCCGUCAGUUAAACGCGCUAAUACCAACUCGGCGCGUAAUAUUGUAAAGUUUAAAAAAGCCCGCAUAGGAAUGGUUAAUACGCCGGGUUUUAUCGAACUCGACUCUGCACUCGAUAGAACCGUAGUAUGGUAUUAUAGGGGGAAUACCGAGAACUGUGUGAGUUAUCAGGCGUUUUUAGAAUCGAUAAAACUCGAGUUGAUUGAAAAAAUCAAUUAUUGCGUGCGUAUUAACCCGAUCAAAUAUAAUUUGAAGUUGGAGAGCGUGUACGCACAUAGGGAAUACAACCGAGGACAGAGCUUUUAA